CAGUACGUGAGCGCGAGCUCGCUCCCCUCUGCCGUCUCCAAACUCUCCACCACCCAAACCAAAUCCUCGCCAAUGGCGCCACUACUCUUCCAAACCCACACGGCCGCGCAAACCUUCGCGCCGAGCCCGCGCGGCAACCGCCGCCUCGCUCCCGCCGCGCCCCACGCCGUCGGAUUCCUCCGCGCCCUCUUCCCGGCCCGCCCGCCGCCGGCCAAGGCCGAGCUCCUCCGCCUCAUCGCCGACCAGGGCCGCGGCCUCGAAACCCAGUCCGACCCGUCCCGCCUCGCGGACAUCGUCUCCUGCAUAGACGCCCUCGCUGCCUCCGCCCCGGACGCCGACACCGUAUCGGACGCCGCCAAGCUCUCCGGCACCUGGCGCCUCCUCUGGACGACCGAGCAGGAGCAGCUCUUCAUCGUGCGGAACGCCCCCACCUUCCGCACCGCCGCCGGCGACGUGCUCCAGGUCAUCGACGUUCCAGGUGGGAGCCUCAACAACGUCAUCACCUUCCCGCCCUCUGGCGCGUUCGUCGUGAACGGGAGCAUCGAGAUCCAACCACCCCAGCGAGUAAAUUUUCGGUUUACACGUGCUAUGCUGAAGGGGGGCAAUUGGGAGGUUCCCUUCCCGCCAUUUGGGAAAGGAUGGUUUGAUACUGUCUAUUUGGACGAUGAGAUCCGUGUAGCGAAGGACAUAAGGGGGGACUAUUUAGUUGUCGAGCGUGCUCCAUAUUCUUGGAAUGGAUAGUUGCUAAAUUUUUGGUGGGUGCUUAUCCACUCACACUUCAUAUUAUGUGCGUAGAGACAAAAGAUUUGCAGGACCUCAUAAUUUCCGAGCAAGUCUUUACCAUUUACUAGGCCCUUCAUUUUACUACACGACUAGCUGAAUUGCUCGUGCAGGUAUGCAGCUAGAUACUCUACAAUAGGUAAUACCUAUUAGAUACGUAUGUAUAUGUUUGAAAAUAGCACUGUAGUUUCUUCUGGUUGGAAAUCAAGUUGUAAAUCUUAUGCAACUUCAGCACUUUAAAGAUAUAUCUGAUUAAAA